ACCAACACAAUGGCAACUCUCUUUUGUCCAAAUCCUGUCCACGCCCCCAUUUCUUCACCUGAAACAAUAUGGACUCCCAUUGUCCGCCGGGCCCACAUGUCACACAACGAUUCUCUUCUCCAAAUCCACUUCCUCUGCUCCCGCAUCCCCGCCGCCGACGCGUCCUCUCCUCCCAUUGCGCGCCGCCGGCUCCCUCUCCGCCCGGUCGCUGACCUCCGCCUCCAUGGCAACACCCUCCCUAAUUUGGGGAUGCCGACACUGCCUUCGCCGGAGGCAACGACCUCGGCAAGGGAGUACAUGGGCAGCAACUUUGUGGGGACUACUUGAGGCGCAGUCGCAGGGGCGACAGGAGGUGGUUUUCGCUGGGGCUAUUGGAGUGGCGGUGGGUGUGCAGGGGUCGUCGCGGCGUGUCCGGGGCGGCCGCAGGCCGCUGCGCCGACGAGGUGGGUGGCGAGGACACAGGAGGCCAGCACGAGCACGCCGCUGCCGCAGGCUCUGCUGCGCCACGACCGGGGAGAAGGCGUGGAUGGCUUCGGGAUCUAGAAGAGCGGUGGCGGCAUCAGCAUGGCAUGCUCUGGUUUCCUCUUGUGUCACCGACUCAAUCCAUUGUUGGAUUUUUCUUUGCUUGCGGAGCUGGGGCAUGGGAGAUUCCGUCCGCAUGGAUUCAGUCCGCAUGGAUUCCAUCCAUUUUGGUCAGAACGCAAGAUUCAAUUUCUUGACUGCGCAUGGAUACCAUUGGCACGCACAGGAACUAUAUGUCCAUGAAUCUUGAUACCACGUAUAAUGGAACAUAGCAAGGAAGAAGAAGGCAGUGGGCAAAUGAGCAGCGAUACGCAUGACGCCGAUGCAGCUAAGCAUGUUGACGAGAAGGAAGCAGCAGCCUCUUCCCGAUCUUCUUCCUCUUCGGAGCACAUAGACGAGGAGGAGGAUGAUUUCUUCCAAAUCGAAGGACCGAUACUCAGUAGCCAGUUCUCCCUGGGACCAGCAGAAUGCCCAAACCAGUCACCACAAGCGCAGGCCAUGUCCAGGGAGGAGGCACCCAAUGUGUGCCCAGACCCGAAGAGGAUCCCGUCCUCAGUUUUCAUGAGGUCCAAGUCAACAGUACCCACGGACUGGAGCAUUACAUCGAAUGAGUCUCUGUUCAGUAUCAGUGUUGGGAACACGAGCUUUUCCAAGGACCAUUUGUGCUUGUAUGGGAAGUCAGGUGAGAUGGGCAACCUCAAUGACCCCUUGGCGCCGUUGCCCCCAUUGCCGAGGCAGAGUCCAGGCUCCAGCCCCAUCAAAGGGGAGGUUUCACCCAAGGCAACUGAAGAAAGCAGCUCGAUGGUGAGGCCUACUGCCCUCCGGGAGAAGGGAGAAGGGGACACAGAUUACACGAAUGGCUUGUCGCAUCGAUCGGAUGGAAGCACAACAAGCUUUGCAUUCCCGAUAUUGACAGGGGAUGAGAGAUCCAGUGGGUGCUUGAAGGACAACCAGCCUGAACUUGACCGGCAAAGCACAGCGCAGCUGAGUCAGCCAGCAGAGCCACGUGAUGAGAAUGACGAAACACCAAAAGCUGCAAUGGAGGCACCACAAGCUGAAGAAGCUCCCGUACCUGCAUCAGCAUCAGCAUCGGCACCAGUAGCGGCAGAGCCACCGCCACCGCAGCCACCAGCCACGACAAAAUGGUUUCCCUGGUGUUCUUGCUGUCCGUUCUGUUGUUAAGGAGGAUCCGACUGGCUCUAUCAAUCUGCCAUCACCUUGGUUCUUUCCAAGAGUAUGGAAGGAUUUGUCAAAUCAGUCCAAGGCGCCAUACUUCCUAUCUGGGAAUUACAGUGGAGAGGGACAUUGGCAAUCAGUUAAUUGCUCUGGGUAAUGUAGAUUAUGUUGUUUUUUUAAGGAGGGAAUCCCCCCCUGAACUCUGCAAUGUAGAUUCUGUUAGAUACAUACACUUAUUCUUUUUUGUUUUUUUUAAAAGAUGUAGCAGUGUAGAUUUUUAAGAAUUAUUAACUCAUAAUUAAACUGAAUUGGAUUGUGUGUUUUCUAUUUUCUUACA